AUGUCAGUCCAGUCUGAGGGCAGUGCCAGCCUCAGCACAGGCUCAGCACAGGCUCAGGGUGUGAGGUGGAGGAAUGGGAAGUGGGAUUGUGUCAGUAUUGUGCCUGUGAGGGCCCCUGAGAGCCCUGGGAACAGCGGUGGGGGCUGUGUUUGGUCUAAUGCCAACAUAGUCACGGUGCCAGCGCUGGUGCGGGGGUCUCUCUCCUCGUCUCUGUGUGGAGCGCUGAGAACCAGGUUGUGCUUUGGAGAUCGCCGACAAAGACACAGUCGUGAGGCAGCGAGGCCUCUGCACACUUUAGAAUUCAAAUACUGUAUAAAGCAGCGACAAACAGAAACAAGAGACGAGGCCACAAACCCACUCCAAGAGGCCACAGCUGGUUGCCAGGCGACAGGCCAAAGCUGCAGUGUUUGUUGGAAAAGUCAACUUCUGGACUCAGCCGCUGCUUACACACUGUAUGAGGUCACUAUUGUCAUGUAA